AUGUUCAGCCUAAAAGUGUUUGCCGCGAUGCUCCUACUAGUAUCUACCUGCUGCCAAGCCGGAUUUACGCCGCGUCAGAUCGCAAAGAUUCACGAGCACGCGGUACCAUGCAACAAACAGCUCGGCAUACCCGCCAACCGUCACCUGGAGGAACGCGCCGAGGACGGAGAUCUAACGCUGGGGGAUGAAAUGUUCAAAAAGUUUCUAUUUUGCGUAAUGCUUCGGAUGGGAAACGUAGACGCACGGGGAAACGUACAGCGAGAGCAAUUCACCAAGUUUGUGGCCGACGGACACGACACUGCGAAUGUUUCCAAGGCUUUGGACGAGUGCAGCAUGGAGGAGGGUACCCCGGAGGAUAGAACGCUGCAUUAUUACAAGUGUUACUAUAAGCAGCAAUUAUUCAAGGUUUAA